AUGGCAGGCGAGAAAGAGCCCCUCGAGCACAUGGAAGAAGCGGCCAAAGAUGCAGAUACUGCUGCGGCAUUGGUCGGCCAUGCACUGGACGAGACCAACCAGCCGCGCUACGACGACAAAGAGACGAUCAAGCUGAUGCGCCGAGUCGACUGGCGCGUGUUGCCCAUGCUGACCUUCCUGUAUCUGAUCUCGUUCCUCGAUCGAGGGAACAUCGGCAACGCCAAAGUGGCCGGAAUGAACGACGACUUGGGCCUGACAGGCGCGCAGUUCAACAUGGCGGUGACGGUCUUCUUUAUCCCCUACGCCAUCUUCGAGGUCCCCAGCAACAUUGUUCUAAAGCUCAUGCGGCCAUCGUGGUGGAUUAGCAUCAUUGUGACAGCAUGGGGGACGGUCAUGUUAUGUCAGGGAUUUGUGCAGAACUACCACGGCCUGAUCGCCACCAGGAUUAUUCUAGGCGUCACCGAGGCCGGCUUCUUCCCGGCGGCAGCCUACCUAGUCACGACGUGGUACUGCCGAUUCGAGGUGCAGAGGCGCAUGGCGCUCUUCUACAGCGCCGCGUCUCUGGCUGGCGCGUUUUCCGGCCUCCUCGCCUUCGGCAUCCAGCACAUGGACGGCGUCGGCAACCUGGCCGGCUGGCGCUGGAUCUAUAUUCUGGAGGGCAUCCUCAGCGUGCUCGCCGGCCUGGCCACCCCCUUUGUGCUCCCGGAUUCCCCUGACACGGCUGGCUUUCUCACCGCGGCGGAAAAGGCGACGAUCAAGUUCCGCCUGGAGCAAGACUCCGGCACGGCCGCCGGCAAGGUCUCGACCACAGAAAGCUUCCAGUGGAAGUUUCUGUGGGCGGCCUUGUUCGACUGGAAGAUCUGGUUUGCCGUCUUUAUCUUCUGGGGAAACACUGUCCCUCUCUAUGCCUUCACCUACACAGCACCCAGCAUCAUCUUGGAACUAGGCUACACGUCGGCGCAAGCGCAGCUCCUUACCAUUCCGAUCUAUCUCGUCGGGAUGAUCUCGACGCUCGGGUGUUCGUGGCUGGCGGACCGACGCCGCACGCGCUGGCCCUUCAUCGUGAUCCCCUACUCGGUCGGGGUGAUUGGCUUCCUCGGCCUGUUGGCGAUUCCCCAUCCCCGCCUGCCCGGCCUGACGUACGGCUGGCUGUUCUUCAUCCCGGCCGGCCUGUACCCGCCCGUCAUCACCAUGGCCUCGUGGCUGGGCAACAACCUGGCCCCGACGUGGAAACGGUCCAUCGGCAUCGCCCUGGGCAUCAGUCUAGCCAACGCCGGCGGCAUCGUCGGCUCCAACAUCUUCAUCGCCAAACAGGCCCCCCACUACUGGUUGGGCUAUGGUUUCUGUUUCGGCUGCGUCUGUGUGGCGAUCCUGUCUACGCUGGUCUUGCGCUAUGCCUAUAAGACGGCCAAUGAGAAGCGGGAUAAACUGAGUGAGGAGGAGGUCAGGGCAAAAUAUACAGAGCAGGAACUACUGGACCUGGGCGAUUACUCUCCGCUGUACAGAUACGUGCUAUAA